UCUUUGUCUUGCUGUUUUUGAUUUUUGAUUAACUGUCACAGAAAUUUCUUACAGAAAAAACAUCACCAACAGAAAUUCAAUAUUAAUAUUUCAAGUACUGACUUGGACCUUGGGAAAGUCCACAAUCCAAUCUGCAACCACCUUAAAAUCUCUCUUGGUAGGUAAUGACCUCCUCUAUACUAGUAUGGGAACUCCCAUUCAUUGUACGACAGCUUGUAUAUAUUAUAACAGCAAAUCAUCAAGGCUGCGAUACCUCCUUUAGAAGCUGCGCUAGCUCUGGUGGAGCCAAUAAAAGGCUACGGCAAGGUUUGGGAAGGCUUAAAGGCUUCUAUACAGCAUCUCCCAUUUUUGAAAUAUGUCUUCACAAAAAGUACAGCCUCAUUACGUCUUCAAUCAAUAGACAAACUUAUGGAAGGCUGUGGUGAUGCUUUGCUUAGACUAAAGUCUAACUUUUUGGACCCAACAGAUAUUUUGCAAAGUUGGAAUCAAAAUCUAGCCAGUCCAUGUACAUGGUUCUAUGUUACAUGUAACAAUGAAAACGUUGUCACAAGAGUGGACCUAAGAAACUUAAAAUUGGGUGGUCAAUUGGUUCGUGAGCUUGGCCAGCUGCAUAAUCUGCAAUACUUGGAGCUUGAUGGCAAUACCAUAAGUGGGAAUAUACCUGAAGAAUUGGGUGACUUGAAGAAUCUUUUGAGCCUGGAUCUGUCCCAUAAUAACAUUAGUGGCUCAAUACCUCCUACUUUAGGAAAUUUGAAGAAUUUGCAUGUGCUUCGGCUCAAUAACAAUCACCUCACAGAAAAUGUUCCUACAAGUAUUGCAAAUAUCAAAGGUCUUCAAAUCCUUGACCUUGCUAAUAAUAAUCUCUCGGGCAAUGUUCCAUUAACUGGAUCUUUCUCUGCAUUUACUCCUAUCAGUUUUGCUAAUAAUACAAAUCUUUGUGGUCCGGUGGUUGGAGUGCAAUGUGAUUCUGGGACACCAUAUUCCCCUCCACCAUUUGUAUUACCCCCAGCAGCAAGAAAAAACAGAAAACUUCGUCCAAAAGCCUUUGCUGUGGGAGCAGCUGCAUGUGCUGCUCUCUUGUGUGUUACUGCUGUGAUUGGAUUUGCACAGUGGCAUCAACAUAAGUCAUAUGAUCACUUUUUUAUUGUUCCUGGUGAGGAAAAUCCAAAAAUUCAUCUAGGCCAGCUUAAGAGAUUUUCACUAAGGGAAUUACAAGUUGCUACUGAUGAUUUUAGCAGUAAGAACAUGCUUGGAAGUGGUGGAUUUGGAAAGGUGUACAAAGGACGCCUUUCUAAUGGUAGCUUAGUAGCUGUAAAAUGUCUAAAGGAACGACGCACUCCAGGUGGAGAGUUGCAGUUUCAGACAGAAAUGGAGAUGAUUAGCAGGGCAGUGCACAGGAAUCUCCUUCGACUACUUGGUUUCUGUAUGACACCCACUAAACGCAUGUUUGUUUAUCCCUUCAUGGAAAAUGGAUCGGUUACAUCAUGGAUACAAGGGAAAAAAGAAAAUGAGGCAACACUAGACUGGACUACCCGCAUGUGCAUUGCAUUGGGUGCUGCAAGAGGUCUUUCGUACUUACAUGAGGAGUGUGAUCCUAAGAUUAUUCAUCGAGAUGUUAAAGCUGUUAAUAUCUUGCUGAAUAAAGACUUUGAGGCAGUGAUGGGGGAUUUCGGUCUAGCAAAACUUAUGAAUUACAAAGACAUUCAUGUGGCAACUGAUGUUUGUGGUACCAUUGGCCACAUAGCACCUGAGUACAUUUCUACUGGAAAAUCUUCAGAAAAGACAGAUGUAUAUGCAUAUGGAAUUAUGUUGCUGGAACUUAUCACGGGACAAAGAGCCUUUGAUCUGGCACGUCUAGCAAAUAAUGAUGAUGUUUUGUUGUUGGACUGGGUUAAAGCUAAGCUCACAAAUGGAAGGAUUGAUUUGUUAGUAAGUCCUCAUCUCAAGAACAACUAUAUAGAAGUAGAGGUGGGACGAAUUUUUCAACUUGCUCUACUCUGCACACAAGUUUUACCAAUGGAUAGACCAAAGAUGUCAGAAGUUGUUCAAAUGUUGGAAGGUGAUGGCAUAGCCAAGAGAUGGGAAGAGUGGCAAAGGACCGAAGUUCAAAGUCAAGUGUCUGGACUUUCCUGGCGUAUGAAUUCAGAAUUGAUAGUAGAGUCAUCACGUCAUCUUCCAGCAGAUGAGUUAUCUGGUCCAAGAUAAUAAAUUUGAAUUAUUUAUUAGUUUAUUUCAUCUUUCAGAUUGUACGAUCAAUUAAUUUUGGAGUAGUUUCAAUCUGUUAAAGAAGAGAAUAUUGCUAAGAUUUGUAAUACUCAAGUUAGGACCAUAUCAUGAGGAUCUCUUGAGGCAGCAAUCAAAUGCCAGAAAUCGUUAACAGAAUUUUCAACACAAUCUAUGUUUUUAUAUAUUCACGGAACAUAUACUGUUAAUCAUCUAUGCACAUGCGAUUUUUAAGCUUGAACUGGUAAGAGCAAGCAAAUCUGCAGUCAAAUGAUUUUCAAUGGUUGA